AUGGCGGACUGCGUUGUUUGGCGACCCCCGUGAAAUGGUCGUUCGACCCCAAAUGGGGUCCCGACCCACAGGUUGAGAACCACUGGCAUAGAAUAACUCCAGCAUUGUUCACGUUGUUGCCAAGCAAGGGAUCUUGCCAGACAUAUCUGAGGGAUUGGGAUGGUCAUUUAUUUAUAUCUCACUUUUGUUAUUAGUGUUAUAAAUAAUUCAAUGUGGCGAAGAUACCUAACACUCCCGUUUCCUCUUAUUUUCUCCACAACGACCCUGUGAGGCGAGUUGUGUUGAGAGAGAGUAGCUGGCCUGAAGUCUCCCAGCCAGCUUUCAUGCCUAAGUUCGGACUAGAACUCACAGCCUCCUGGUUUCUAGCUUGGCACCUUAACCACUGGACCAAUAAUGGCUUUCCUGCCCCUGUGUUACACUAAGGUGGGACCAGGCAUUUUUGUUUAUGCCAGAUAAUGAUGCCAUUGGUGAAUGUCUCCAUACUCGGUCCCCAUUCAUGCCAGAAACAUCCCUUUGCAAGCGAUUAAAUUAGCUUUCCCAAAUGAAAUCUACACUGAGAGGACACAGAGUCCAACAACCAUAUUGUCCAUGCGCUCUUAUUGCCUAGUUGUCAUUCCUCUUUUGUUGCUCGCUACACAUACACAGUGGUUGACCAUUAGAAUGACUUGUGGACAUUAUUCUUUUUACAGCCCACGUGUUCUCCAGGUUGUCUUGAACUGAAUCCGUGAGUAGAAAUGUCAGCUCAGUUCCUGACCGAUUCCUCUGAAGUUUGUUGAAUGGAAGCAUGGACUGUUGAAGAAUGAUGCCCGAGUCCCUCAGCUUUGGGUCUUUCAGCGUUGGGGCCUGUUGCAACCGCCAGUGACGCCAUGGCCCACCACAAUGUCAGUUUCCAGCCUGAAUCCUCAGCACCACGUUCAGACUCCAAGGAGGAAACCGUGGAUCGCAAGGAAGAAACGGCCAAUACUGAGCCCAGCCCCUUGGACUGCGUUAUCUGCUUCACCCCUUACGACCAGCUCUUUAAACUGCCAAAGGAGCUGAGCUGCAGUCACGUCUUCUGCCUGGAGUGCCUGGCCCGCAUCAAUGUCUCUUCAGAAGAUGUCAAUGCCAUCACCUGCCCCGUCUGCCGGGCACCCACCGUCUUGACCCCCCGCAAGGGCCUGCCGGGGCUUCCCACCCGCCGCGACCUGCUGGAGCAGCUCACGGCAAUGCCGGUGCCCCCUGGCUCGGUGCGCUUUGAUCGUCGGCGGGGUCUGCUCUACUUGCCAGGGGGGAACAAAAGCGGGGCUCAAGUUGGAACGAAGCCGGGACCUCCGCUCAACACUGUCAGUUUGAGUGUCGAUGUCGGCAGGCCCCCACCUCCAGGAUCAGCCCGGAGACUGGCCAUCUCGGGCUGGCCGUUCUAUGCCGCUCUGUCAGUUGCUUUGCUAGUCACCGUCGCCCUGAUAGUCUGUGGCAUCUACAUCUUCAUGAUGCCUUCUAUGUACAUUUCAGUGGGAGGAUUUCCCAAAGGGAAUCACAGCUCGGCCUUUGAGAGAAACGAAUCUAGUCCAAUAAGCCAUCACUCGCCCUAACGCUAAGAGAUGGGUUUCCUGCCCUUCCUGCAUCCACCUGUGAUGAUUGUGCUGCUGGUAGUUUCAGAUUCUCCAGAAACUCCCUGGCCGCCUCCAGUUGUCUGCACAGGAUGAAUGGGAAGAUAAAGCUUAACUCUGUCUGCUAAUCCUUUUCAUCUCUGGAGGCUGUGGCACCAGCACUUUAUUGGCGAAUCACUCCUUAGACUUCUGCUGGCAAUUUCUCUCGCAGUCAUCUUUGGAUGAGGUGAAUUGGAGAGGUUGACGUUGCCCCUUUGCUGUUUUAUCGCCCGUGGGAACAGGCUGGUAGAAAAACGGAGCCAUGUUAUAUCUUCUUGGUGGAUGGGAGACUUUAUUAAUCUGCCUUAAUUGGCACCUUGGCAGAGACACACACCAUGGUCUUAAAGUGUUGCCAACCUUCCUUAUCCUGGUGCCUUCCAGGCAUGCUAGUUCAUUAACUCCAACCCCCUCCAGAAAGUUGUAGUCAGCUGUUGGUGCCAGGCUGGGAAUAUCAUUUAAGAUGAGGAGAACAACAUUUCAGGUGCCCAAACCAGUGCCAGCUUGAAACUCUUUCUCCAAUCAGGAAUGCAAUGCAAGACAGAAUACGAUGGGGGGUGGUGAUAAACUCUUAGAAAACAUGCUUAGAGAGAAGCAAAUGAGGAGGAUGUUUCCAUUGGCCUUUUCUCCUGAACAGCUGGUGGAAUCUGCUCUGAGGUUUUGCUUCGCAACUGGAUCUGGCACAUCACUUCCAGGGAUUGAGGUGUCUUUGGCAAGGCAUCCUCAUCCCUGGCAGCUGCACUUUCACUGUUCUUGGUGCUUGUUUUUUUUUUUUUUUUUUUGCUUUCUAACCUCUCCUCCUGGCUACCCUACUCAUAGGAGCAGCUUGGCAGAGAAAUUCACUUGGUGUUGGGUUCAGCUGUGAGCAACUUGCUAAACAUACCCAAGUGAGAUUAAUUGUUGAUGCUGCUCUGGAGUUCUGGCGAGUGUGAAUGUAGAACUCAAGCCUUGUGGAUCGCAACAGCCUAAUGAAGGACUGUAGGAUUAUCACUUCCAGCUUCUUGCUUGUUUUUGCUACUUCAUUUUUCUCCCAUGUUCUGUGGCCUGAACAACUGUGUGGAAAGCAGGAAUUCAAAAUGCCAAGGUUUCCCUAGCAUCAAACAUGUAGUAAAGGGAGGGGGCUUUACUUGCUCUGAGAUACUUGCGGUGUAGGCCAAGACUCGGACGGAGAGAUGGGGUGGAACAGACCUGUGGUAGAGGCUUGGAGAUUUUAUCUCCAGCUCAGAGUCAUAUUUUUUAGUGGGUUGUGGUUAUUAAUUGGCUGGGGGGAAAAAAAACCCCAUCUGGCUUUGUGUCUGUGCCUUUAAUAGCAGCAGAAAAUGCACAGAUCAGCAGAUAAAGAAGAGAAGCAGUUAGUGGCAAUUAAUGCAGGUCAAAUUACUCUGGAACUCAAUAGGACAGAUUGGUUUAGGGAAGGAAGAAUGCCAAUAAAAUUCUGCAGUCUUCAGGUUUUGUGCCUUAGAAAUUACUUUUUGUUUCUUCUGUUGUUGGCCGCUUCUGUAGCAGGAUCACCUCAAUCCUGGAAAUACCUCAAAGCUGUUUCACCAUCCUGCAUAGGAAAUCUGUAUUAUCGGGGGGGGGGGGGGGGGAAG